AUGACGAUAGUGAGUAGGAACAAUUGUGUGCUUAGUAAGAGGUUUCCAGUCGACCAUUUAUUGCGGUGCAACGCUUCGGUCACAUUGACAGGAGCUUUACUUCUCUGUACCAAAACUUUAUCUAGGAGGCAUGGUGUCCACAGCAUACGCACCAUGUCACACUCCACCCUGGACCCCAGUGAGGCCAAGAAGUUCCAGCUGCUCGCCAACAAGUGGUGGAAUGAGCACGGGGAAUUUGCUGCUCUCCACUCCAUGAAUGACCUUAGGGUGCCUUUCAUACGGGACAAUCUGCUGAAUGUGCACGGCGGGCGGCAGUGGGGAAGACCCUUGUCUGGGAUCAGGAUACUGGACGUCGGCUGCGGAGGUGGCCUGCUCACAGAGCCCCUAGGCAGACUCGGGGCAGAUGUGGUGGGGGUUGACCCAGUGGAAGACAGCAUUCGCACGGCGGAGCUCCACAGCUCGUUCGACCCGGUUCUGCGGGAGCGCAUUCGGUACCGGGCAUGUACCCUGGAGGAGAUUUCCAAGGAGGAGGCGGAGGGGUUUGAUGCUGUUGUGGCGUCCGAGGUGGUAGAACACCUGGCUGACCUGGACACCUUUGCCAUAUGCUGUAACCAGGUGCUAAAGCCGGGCGGGUCCCUCUUCAUCACCACCAUUAACAAGACCAACCUGUCGUACGCUCUGGGCAUCGUGGCGGCGGAGCGGGUCCUGCGCAUUGUGCCCAGCGGGACGCACGAGUGGGACAAGUUCAUCAGCCCCGUGGAGCUGGAGCGCUUGCUGGAGUCCAAUGGCCUCUUUGUGGAGUCUGUCCGCGGCAUGCUGUUCAACCCGCUGUUCGGAUCCUGGAGCUGGACGCAGAGCACCUCCAUCAACUACGCCCUCCACGCGGUCAAGCAGAGAGAGGAGCCGCAGCCCGACCACGCCCGCACUCCUGCCGACCCCGAGGAUCACACGGCCGACACGGACACCAGGACCGGAUCAGGAGCAGGAGCUGGGGCUGCAGCUGGAGCAGGACAGAACUGAGAGUUCCCUCUCCAGUGCCCAUAGACAGACUGCCUGCCCACAUAGCACCUGAACAGCACAAACUGCCACAGUCCAAACUCUGCUCCGCGCAGAGGAAGCAGGAGAAAGCGGGUGACGUGGAUGAAAUGACAGAGAGGAAGUGAUGGAGAGGAAACGCCAGUGUCAUGCUCUUUCCUUCAUUUUCCCUUUCAGACCACAGUGGUGCCAGAGGAUUCGGUUGCAAGGUUUGGGCAGAUUUGUCAGUACCCGACUGGAGCUCAGCUAGCCUGGAAUGCGUGGUGCCCAGUUGCAGUUGUAGCGUGUGGAAGUCCACCUCAGUCAUUGCCUGAGCUAUUGGCAUAUCAGAAUGUAUUCUCACGCGUCUCCUAUGUUUCCUUCAGUUUAUCGGCUGACCCCAGUUAGUUUUCAUGGUAGAGUUUGGUACUUGUGCAUAUGUCUCCCGUUAGGCAGCAGCAGAAUGAUCUAAACAGGUAACAGCCAUUUAUGUACCUAAAUCACAUCUGUAAAGAGUGCUCCUCAGAAAAUCAGGUAUGAAUGUAUUGAAGGGCUUUUGGUUUCAACAUGAAUCAAUCUCACCUAUUUUCAUCUUGAUUUCAAUAAAAGUGGUGUACUUUUGUGUUAUUGUUGUGAGGUGUUUCGCUUCAUGCUAUAGCUGUUUACCUUUCCACCCCAGUGGAAAGUGUUGAAUGGGA